CGGGUCUUGUUAGUUGGUAUUUAUUCAGAAAUAUUUUUGAACUUUUGAAAAGAACAGAAACAAACGCUCUGCUUACUCUUUUUCCCGAGAUCUCGAGUCUAUUGUUAUGGAUCCAGAAGCUGCACGAACUGCCCGAGAAUCUCUAGACCUGGCAUUUCACAUGUCAAAUAUUCUUGAUACGGGACUUGAUCGGCAUACCCUCUCAGUCCUUAUUGCCCUCUGUGACUUGGGUCUGAACCCUGAGGCGUUGGCUGCUGUUGUCAAGGAACUCCAAAGAGAACCUUCACCCUCAACCCCACUGCCAACUUCUUCAUCACAAAUACCUUAGCCAAGUUUGUGCUUCUGAUAUUUUCUAGUAAAUUUAGGAGCAAUGUCGAAGAUUCCAAUUUACUUUGUUUUUGACUGUUGUUUUUGCAAUUGAAAAUUUCUUUGCAUUUCCUUAUCUCUAGCACAAUUGUGCUUAGAGUUCACAUGCAUGUAUAUUCCUCUUAGGGCUCCAUCACGCUGUAGUUAGUGUCUGUUCUUAUAUCCCCUCAUUCGAUGUUUGAUUCAUUAUCUUCACUAUCUUGAAUUGUCUUUUCUUCUUUGUGUUGGAGCAUAUGAAAUUGUUGCCAGAUGUAUUUCGUUUGUCUUUCUGGAAAAUGGCUGCUAUAGUCAUUGUUCUAAAUCAAAAUUGUGGACUUGGUUGCCA